AUGUUGAUUUUGCUGGUUCCCUGUAAGAAAUUUCUCAAUCACUGUUUGAAACUAUUCAUUGUGGCUCUUUGUGUCAGCUCAGCAUUUGGCCAACUUCCAGGUCAGAGGCCGGGUGGUUUAUUAGGUGGCCUACUGGGUGGCGGUAAUAAUGGUGGACUUUUUGGCAAUAUCUUAGGUGGUGGUAACAACAACAAUGGCGGUGGUGGAGGUCUCUUUGGUGGCUUAAUAAGUAACAUUUUGGGCGGUGGCAAUCGUAACCCUGCUGGAUCGGUACAACCUCCAGUUGCAGCCCCACAACCACCAGUUGGUGCUCCUGUGCCACAUCCACCAAUUGCUGCCCCAGCACCACCUAAUCAUGGUUAUCCUGCGUAUGGCGGUUACCCAAGUGUUGGUCUUCCCAAUACGGGUUACCAAACUGGAGGUUACCCUGGUGCUUAUCCAAGUGCGGGUUAUCCUAGUGCAGGCUAUCCAAGUGUUGGCUAUCCUAGUUCUGGUUAUCACGGUACAGGUUAUCCAGGUGCUGGUUAUCACAGUGGAGGUUACCCAAGUAGCGGUUAUCCCAGUGCCGGUUAUGGUCAAUUUGGUGGUUAUUAUGGCUAA